CUCGUACAAGAGCCGGAAUUCCCGAGCAGGCGCAUGUUCUGUGCAAGGGGCACGUGGGAAUACACCAACCGUUCUUCGCUUGAAAUAUGCAGCACGCCUUCGCAUCGUUGCACACGUGUGAUUCGAAAGGUAAUCAAUCUCCAGUCACCGUUCAUCGACCUCUCCAUCUCAGCCGUCCAAUGUGAAGCUAAGGACGGAUCUCCGCCCUCAACUGCUUCAACGUCAACUGUCCCUCGACGUUUGCAACCCGCCCGAACAGUAUACAGUGAUCAGAUGGCACUCAGUGACUGGCCUGGGCAUUCGGCUCUUGUUGAAGAUGGCAAGAAGCGGGAGCUGGCGCCUCCAGACAUUGCGGUAGUCGAUCGAGCCGACAACAGGCCUUCCGGUACAUACGUAGCGAUUCCCAUUUCGACGGAGCCCAGGGCAUCCCGGAGCAAACGAUCAUGGCUUCGACGAUAUUGGAUUUUUGUGCUCGCGAUGGCCAUCCUCAUCGUUGGUGGCAUCAUUGCUGGUGCCGUUGGGGGUAUCACUGCUUCUCAUCAGGCAGAACAGAGGGGUUCCGCCUGAGCUUGUGAUGAACAAGAGAAAUUUUUGACUCGAUGUCCAGAAAGACGAUCUAUGUAAGUCAUUCGAAUGAAUCGCUCAGCCUAUGGUGUCGUGUCUGGAAUGACAAAGUGACUGACAGUGUUGUUGGUGUCAAAGACAUGUAUUUCAUUCGAUACCCCGAACCCCAGCGAUUUUUUAACAGCAUCUUUCGAAGUGGCCUAUCAAUUCAGAGCCGCCUGCAUUUCGAUAAUUUAUUUGAAGCGGAUUGAUCUUCGGCUGCCGGACGAGCCCGACUGCCGGACGGAGAAACCCAGGCAUGAUGUGGAAGUGGCCCCGGAGAGACAGUUUGGUUGUCUAGUGUCUCACUAGGCACAGAGUACCUAGUCCUGAGUUGAUACGGCAAUGGUGACUGGGACGCUAUAGAGGACGAAAAGUAUCGAAGACGAUAAUGGGCUGCUCCGGACGAAAGGAGAUUGAGACAUCAUAGGAGGCAAUCUUGCUCCGGGAACUUGCAAGCUGUUCAUGACCCUACGGGCGAGGCAUCUCGCGACGAUUGGACGGGCCGGGACACUGCCCCGUGUCCGUCUCGGGAUCGCAUUGCUAGGAGAUGACCAGUCGACAUGUCGUUGCACAGACCCAGUAAACUCGGCACUAUGCCGAUGCAGGUCUAUGGCCGCCACAUACCCGAGGUAGCGCCAAUGAAACCCAAAUAGAGUCCAAGUGGUAUCCGUAGGCAGCAGAAGAACUGCUCCUGGGCGGCUCCUGAGCGGCUCUUCUGAUCAAUCCGCCAAUGUGAAGAGAAGUAAUACUAACGACCAAUCCCAAGUGAUGUAAAGGCAAUGUCAGCGUCAGUAGAUGGGUCUAUGUCAGUCUGGUGUCACAUGGGGUUUCAAGCCGGAUGGAUCCAUGGCUUCGGACGACCGGCGGACGAGAUAACAGAUCUCAAGAAUGGGAAUCAUCCUUGACGGGGUUGAGAUGACGGAUAGGAAUUGCAUCCGUGAUUGAUAAUUUUUGGACUAGAUUUACAGCAC